GAAGGAGGGGAAAAGGAGAAGGGAAGAGAGGAAGGGAAGGAGAAAGAGAUAGAAAGAGGAAGGAAGGAGGGGAAAAGGAGAAGGGAAGAGAGGAAGGGAAGGAGAAAGAGAUAGAAAGAGGAAGGAAGGAGGGGAAAAGGAGAAGGGAAGAGAGGAAGGGAAGGAGAAAGAGAUAGAAAGAGGAAGGAAGGAGGGGAAAAGGAGAAGGGAAGAGAGGAAGGGAAGGAGAAAGAGAUAGAAAGAGGAAGGAAGGAGGGGAAAAGGAGAAGGGAAGAGAGGAAGGGAAGGAGAAAGAGAUAGAAAGAGGAAGGAAGGAGGGGAAAAGGAGAAGGGAAGAGAGGAAGGGAAGGAGAAAGAGAUAGAAAGAGGAAGGAAGGAGGGGAAAAGGAGAAGGGAAGAGAGGAAGGGAAGGAGAAAGAUAGAAAGAGGAAGGAAGGAGGGGAAAAGGAGAAGGGAAGAGAGGAAGGGAAGGAGAAAGAGAUAGAAAGAGGAAUUAAGGAGGGGAAAAGGAGAAGGGAAGAAAGAAAGGGAAGGAGAAAGAGAUAGAAAGAGGAAGGAAGGAGGGGAAAAGGAGAAGGGAAGAGAGGAAGGGAAGGAGAAAGAGAUAGAAAGAGGAAGGAAGGAGGGGAAAAGGAGAAGGGAAGAGAGGAAGGGAAGGAGAAAGAGAUAGAAAGAGGAAGGAAGGAGGGGAAAAGGAGAAGGGAAGGGAGGAAGGGAAGGAGAAAGAGAUAGAAAGAGGAAGGAAGGAGGGGAAAAGGAGAAGGGAAGAGAGGAAGGGAAGGAGAAAGAGAGAAGGAAAGUAAGGGGCAAGGAGUGGCAGAGAAAGAUAGGAGGGAGGGAAGAAGGGGAAAAGGAGAAGGGAAGAGAGGAAGAACGAAAAAAGAGAGGAAGGGAAGGAAGAGAGAAGGAAAGGAGGGGGCAAAGAGGUGGGGAGGAAGAAAGGAAAGAAGGAAGAAGGGCGAAAAGAGAAGGGAAGAGAGGAAAGGAAGGAGAAAGAGAGAAAGAAAGAGAAAGGGAGGGAAAAAGAAAGACAGGAAGGAAAAGGAAGAAGAGGAAGGGAAGGAGAAAGAGAUAGAAAGAGAAGGAAAGGAAGAGAGAGAAGAAAGAAGGAAGGAAGGAAGAGAAAAGGAGAAGGGAAGAGAGGAAGGGAAGGAGAAAGAGAGAAGGGAAGCAAGGGGAAAGGAGUGGUGGAGAAAGGAAGGGAAAAGGAGAAGGGAAGCGAGGAAGAGAAGGAGAAAGAGAUAGAAAGAGAAGGAAAGGAAGAGAGAGAGGAAGGAAGAAGGGUGAAGGGAAGGAGGAAGAGAGAUAAGGAAAGAGAUAGAUAGAGAAGGAAAGGAAGAGAGAGAGGAAGGAAGAAGGGUGAAGGGAAGGAGGAAGAGAGAUAAGGAAAGAGAUAGAUAGAGAAGGAAAGGAAGAGAGAGGAAGGAAGAGAAAAGGGGAAGGAAAGAGAGGAAGAAAGGAAAAGAGAAAAGGAAAGAGAAAGGGAGAGAAAAAGAAAGUCAGGGAGAAAAAGGAAGGAAGGGAAAAGGAGAAGGAAGAAGAGGAAGGGAAGGAGAAGGCAAGGGAGAGAAAGAGAGAAGGAAAGGAAGGGGCAAAGGGGGAGAAAGGAAGGAAGGAAGAAGGGGAAAAGGAGAAGGGAAGAGAGGAAGAAAUAAAAAGAGAAAAGGAGAGAGAAAGAUAAAGACAGGGAGAGAGAGGAAGGAAGGAAGGAAGGAAGGAAGGAAGGAAGGAAGGAAGGAAGGAAGGAAGGAAGGAAAGGGGCAAAGACAUGUGGAGGAAGGAAGGAGGAAAAAGGAGAAGGAAAGAGGAAGAAAGGAAAAGGAAAGAGAAAGUGAGAGAAAGAGAAGGAUAGAAAGAGAAAGGAAGGAGGGAGGGAAGUGAGAUGAGCCAAGUGGCAAAAGGAGGGGAGGAAGGAAGAAAGGAAGGAAGGAAGGAAGAGUAAAGUAGAAGGAAAGAGAGGAAGGAUGAGAAAGAGAAAAGGAAGAGGAAGUGGGAGGAAGAGAAGGAGCAAAGAGAGGGAGGAGAAAGGACGAAAGGAAAAGAGAGAAAGAAUGAAAGAGAGAGGAAGGAAGGAAAGGAGAAGGAAAGAGGAAGGGAAGGAGGAAAGGAGAGAAAGAGAAGGAAAGGAAGAGAAGAAGAGAAAAAGGAAAGGCACCUUUGGCGAGAUGGAGGAAGGCGAGGAGGCACCCUUGCAGGACAGCGCCAGCAGCCAAUUGGAGAAGGAGGGCGGGGCUUCCGACCCGGACGGCGACAGUUCCGCAGAAGGCGAUUCGCCCGCUUCCCCUUGCAGCGAAAGAAGUGAACUGAAAGAAAACAUGGAGAGUCCGACGGAGCCAGAGAAGCAGGAGACUCCGGAGAAGCCGCAGGAGCAGAAACCAUGGAACGGACCAGCUGAGCUGGAGAUGAUGACUUCCGAGGAGGGAAACAAGCCACAGGCCAAGCAGAACGUGCCGGAAGGAGUGUCAUGGGGUCCCUACCGGGGCAACAUCCAAAGCGAGGCCUCGUCUCCUGGACACGGAGAGCAGCCAAAUCACCCGGUGUCCCUGAUGCUGGAAAACGAAGAUUGCUGGCUGUCGGCGCUGCCGUUGGUUCCUGCCGAAAGCGACGCCAAUUCAGUGAUCUACAAGAAAGAUGAUGCGAUUUGGUGCAAAACCACGACGGCCAUUGCGGAAGGGGAGGCGCUGAGGGCGUUUGUCAUGGCCGAGCCCAUGGGGAUCCCCAACCACAGCGUGAAGACCGAGAGUGGGGAGCCCGCCUUCGCUGCCUCGCUGCCCCCCGAAAUCCAGCUCCUGCCCCAGCAAGCUGGCAUGGCCGCCAUACUGGCCACGGCGGUCGUGAACAAGGACGUCUUCCCCUGCAAAGACUGCGGCAUCUGGUACCGGAGCGAGCGCAACCUGCAGGCUCACUUGAUGUAUUAUUGCGCCAGCCGGCAGAGCGCGGCUUCGCCCGCCAUGGACGAGAAGCCCAAGGAGACCUACCCCAACGAGCGCAUUUGCCCCUUCCCGCAGUGCAAGAAGAGCUGCCCCAGCGCCAGCUCCCUGGAGAUCCACAUGCGCAGCCACAGCGGAGAGAGACCUUUUGUCUGCCUCAUCUGCCUUUCUGCUUUCACCACAAAAGCAAACUGUGAGCGACACUUGAAGGUCCACACUGACACAUUGAACGGGGUCUGCCACAGCUGUGGCUUCAUCUCCACCACCAGAGAUAUCCUCUACAGCCACCUGGUCACCAACCAUAUGAUCUGCCAGCCCGGCUCCAAGGGGGAGGUCUAUUCCCCAGGCCCCACUGGCCCGGCUCCUGGCAACAAGCCCCUCAACCCAGGUGUGAACACACCCGUCCCGGCGCCCAGCUUCAAGUGCAGCUUUUGUGGUUAUGUGGCGGACUGUUUGCUCAGCCUCCAACAACAUGUGGUGCUCCACAGUGCCGCCGUUGCCGCAGCCUCUGCCGCAGCCUCCGCCGCGGCCAUUCCUCCAGGUUCGGAUUCCAAAGCUGCGCAAAGCCAUCCAGAUGUCUCAGCCAAGGCGGCGACACAGGGAGCAUCAUUGCCCAGCACAAACGAAGUGGCAAAUGGCUCUCCUCCCCAAGAAGCCAGCUCCUCCGCAGCCGUAUCCGACGGGGUGCUGCAAGUGCGGAUCAAGGAGGAGCCCCUAGACGAGGGGGAGGCGUCCGCCGGACCCCUUUUGGCACAGACGGCGACUGGUCCCGAGUCGGAACCGGAGGCCUCUUCCCGAGCGUCUUCUCCCCGCAGCAUGCACUCCGUGAAGGUCAAGUCCGAGGUCGCCAGCCCCACUCCGGGGUCCAGCCCAGUGCCCAGCGAACCCGGAUCCAGCAUCCCAGGCAGCACGAUCUUCCUGCCCCAGUAUGUCUUCGGCCACGAGGCCACGGUGGUGCCGCAGGCGUCGGAGAUCCUGGCCAAGAUGUCGGAGCUGGUGCACAGCCGGCUGAAGCAAGGCCACGGAGGAGUCCCCCCGAACCUUUUCCCGGGUACCCCAGUGCCCAAGGGGGCCACCUGCUUCGAAUGCGAGAUCACGUUCAACAACAUCAACAACUACUACGUCCACAAGCGGCUGUAUUGCUCCAGCCGCCGGGUGACGGAGGAGAACUCCCCCAGCGCUCGGAAGUUGAAAGCGGCCCCCUCGUCAGCUGCCCCCAAGGGCCCCCCUGCAACACUCCUCUCACCACAGCAGCCUGGGGAGGACAAGACCACGGAAGAAGGGGAAGCUGGGGGAGGGGCCACUCCACCCGCCCUAGAGAUCAAGCAGGAGGUGAAGGUGGAGGAGAGCGCAGCCAAAGCCAGCCCCUCACCCGAGGCGGACGCAGCGGGGCGCACGAGUGAGGACAGCCAGAGUCCCGGGGCCAGCUCUGUGGAGGAGCCGGACGAUGACCCCAGCCGCACCGUAUGUGAGGCCUGCAACAUCCGCUUCAGCCGGCACGAGACCUACAUGGUGCACAAGCGCUAUUACUGUGCCUCCCGCCACGACCCUCCGCUGCGCCGGAGCGGGGCUGCCGGGAAAGUGCCCUUCCUGCCCCAGCCCAUCCGCACUCGCAAGCGGCGCAAGCUGUACGAGAUCCACAACGCCGCCAGCCAGCUCAACAGCAGCAGCAGCAGCACCCCAGAAGCCCACCGCCCCGAGGUGCCACCAGUCGUCCCCGCUCUCAUUUCCGUGGUCAAGGCGGCCCCUUCCCCAAGCUCAAGCCCCGAUGCCGAUGGGCCCAUCGACCUGAGCAAGAAGCCCCGGCUUCACGGCGGCAGCGGCGGAGAGGUGCUCCCGGCCUCCCUGCUGCCCCUGGCGGACUACCACGAAUGCACCGCUUGCCGCAUCAGCUUCCACACCCUGGACAGCUAUCUGGCCCACAAGAAGUACUACUGCCCGGCCACACCGUUACAGCCCAGCACUCUGGAGCAGCUGCAGAAGAUCAAGGGAGCGGUCCCGGCUCUUCUGAAACCUCGGGGAAGCCCAGAGAGGUCGGGGGACGAACACGAGGGGCCCCCGCAGGUCAAAGUAGAGAAGGCCACGCCGUCCUUGUGCCCCGCCGCUCCCCAGCCCACCUUUCCCGGCUUGGAUCCCCUUCAGCAGCGCUACCUGGAUGCCAAGGCCCUCCACCUCCAAGGCGGGAAGGUGUCGCUGGCGGCGUGCCCCUACUGCCCGCUCAAUGGGGCCGUCAAGGGGGACUUGGUGGAGCACUUCCGCAACGCCCACGGCCUCUUUGCUGCCAAAACGGUCUCCGGCGCCACCUUGAUCGAGGCCACCCGGACGCUGGCCGAGGGCAGCCACUUGCUCCCCCCGCUGCCCGCCGCCUCCCCGCCCCAGACCCUCCCCCGGUUGCGCAAGGACAGCUUCAACGGCAAGGAGCCCCCCAUCCCCCCGGUGUCGAACGGGAGUCCACGUCCCUCCGCCUCCCCGCAGCCUCUUUUGCCCGCCUCCCCCUCCGUCCCAUUGCCCGUGUCUCCUUUGCCCGAGGUGCCCCCCAACGCCCUUCCCGGCUUUACGGACAAAAGCGUCCAGACCCCGCCGGGCAAAGGACCGCCGGCCCCCGUGACCAACGGCAACCACCGGUACUGCCGCCUCUGCAACAUCAAGUUCAGCAGCCUCUCGACUUUCAUCGCCCACAAGAAGUACUACUGUUCCUCACAUGCGGCCGAACACGUCAAGUAACGCGUGGCGCAUGCGCAUCACUUACUAGCCGAGAAGCCUGGCUUCUUUCUGGUUCGACAUGGCGCUUGGGAGCCAUUCGGUUGAGAGACAAACUCUUUGGAUUUGGACGGAAGGAUGGCUUUUGCACUAGAGCCGCUCAAGGGCUGACCGGUUGUCCCUUCAAAGUCCAGUGAGUUCAGGGACUGAGAGGGGGGAGUUUGGGGCAUUUAGACCAGGCCUGGGCCAACUUGGGCCUUCUGGGUGUUUUGGACUGCAACUCCUACCAUUCCUAACAGCCUCAGGUCGGAUGCAAAAGUGAAUACAAAAGGGAGUCCUGAGUCUGAACAUGCUCAGUACAAUCACAUGUCAACUCCCAUUAUUCCUAACAGCCUCAGGCCCUUUCCUUUUCCCCCUCCGCCGCUUAAGCGGCGGAGGGGGAAAAGGAAGGGGCCUGAGGCUGUUAGGAAUGGUGGGAGUUGCAGUCCAAAACACCCGGAGGGCCCAAGUUGGCCCAUGCCCGAUUUAGACGAAUCAGAGAGCAUUAAAAUAUAUGUAUAUGGGUUCUCCCUCCCUCCUUUCUCAAGGGGACACACCAUCUCUUUUUCCUUUCGUAGCCAUUUCCUUGUGACAUUCGCCCCCCAAAAAAACGACACCGGCCUAAGUGACCCACUUCCAAGAAGGGACCCCAAAGAGACGUGGUUGUCUAUUUCCUAUCGACUUAAGCUCUGGCUCACAUCCAUCCGCCAAGCGGGUUUCCCAAUCGUUCCCGUCUCCUGGCCCAUGAAUUGUAGACAUGCACUUGCGCUGAGAAAGCAAAGAAUAUACAGUGCAAGGCGCAACUGCUCCUGAGCAUGUGCAGAGCAUCCAUUCGUCACCCAAAAGUACAUGAAGGGAAUAUAAAGUGCAAGGUGCAACUGCUCCUGAGCACGUGCAGAGCAUCCAUUCGUCACCCAAAAGUACAUGAAGGGAAUAUAAAGUGCAAGGUGCAACUGCUGAGCACGUGCAGAGCAUCAAUUCGUCACCCAAAAGUACAUGAAGGGAAUAUAAAGUGCAAGGUGCAACUGCUGAGCACGUGCAGAGCAUCAAUUCGUCACCCAAAAGUACAUGAAGGGAAUAUAAAGUGCAAGGUGCAACUGCUGAGCACGUGCAGAGCAUCAAUUCGUCACCCAAAAGUACAUGAAGGGAAUAUAAAGUGCAAGGUGCAACUGCUCCUGAGCACGUGCAGAGCAUCAAUUCAUCACCCAAACAUAAACAUACUGCCAUGCAGGGAAUACAAAGUGCAACUACUCCGAAACAUGUGCAGAGCAUCCAUUUGUCACCCAAAAGGAGACAUAUAUCCAUGCACGGGGUAUCUGUAUGACUUCCCAUCAUCUAUUUAUACAUGUCUGUCAUGUCUCCUCUCAGCCUUCUGAGAGGAGUGUCAAUUUGUCACCCAGGAUAUAAAGUGCUAGGUGCAACCGCUCCUGAGCAUGUGCAGAGCAUCAGUUUGUCACCUGAAAGUAGACAUACAUCCAUGUAGGGAAUAUAAAGUGCAAGGCGCAACUGCUGACCAUGUGCAGAACAUCAAUUUGUCACCCAAAAGUAGACACAUAUCCAUUCAGGGAAUACAAAGUUCUAGGUGCAACUGCUCCUGAACGUGUCCAGAGCAUCAUUUCGUUACCCAAAAGUACACACAUAUCCCUGUAAAGAAUAUAAAAUGCACGGUUCAUCUUCUGAGCAUGUGCAGAGCAUCAAGUCAUCACCCAAAAGUAGACCUAUAUCCAUGCAGGGAAUAUAAAGUGCUAGGCGCAACUGCUCCUGAGCAUGUGCAGAGCAUCAAUUUGUCACCCAAAGGUACAUGCAGGGAAUAUAAAGUAGUAGGCGCAACUGCUGAGCAUGUACAGCACAUCAAUUUGUCACCCAUAAGUAGGCGUACUACCAUGCAGAAAAUAUAAAGUGCUAGGCACAACGGCUGGCCAUGUGCAGAGCAUCAAUUUGUCACCCUAAAGGAGACAUACUACCAUGCAAGGAAUAUAAAGUGCGAUGCGCAACUGCUCCUGAGCAUGUGCAAAGCAUCAAUUUGUCACCCAAACAUAAACAUACACCAAUGCAGGAAAUACAGAGUGCAAGGUGCAACUGCUCCUGAGCAUGUGCAGAACAUCCAUUCGUCACCCCAAAGUACAUGAAGGGAAUAUAAAGUGCAAGAUGCAGCUGCUCCUGAGCAUGUGCAGAGCAACAAUUUGUCAUCCAAAAGUACAUGAAGGGAAUAUAAAGUGCAAGAUGCAACUGCUCCUGAGCAUGUUCAGAGCAUCAUUUUGUCACCCAAAAGUAGACACAUAUCCAUGCAGGGAAUAUAAAGUGUUAGGCGCAAAUGCUCCUGAGCAUGUGCAGAGCAUCAAUUCGUCACCUGAAAUUAGACAUAUAUCCAUGCAAGGAAUAUAAAGUGCUAGGCGCGACUACUCCUAAACAUGUGCAGAGCAUCAUUUCGUCACCCAAAAGGAAACAUAUAAACAUACAUCAAUGCAGGAAAUACAAAGUGCAAAGCACGACUGUUCCUGAACAUGUGCAGAACAUCAGUUAGUCACCCAAAAGUACAUGCAUGGAAUAUAAAGUGCAAAGCACGACUGUUCCUGAACAUGUGCAGAACAUCAAUUAGUCACCCAAAAGUACAUGCAUGGAAUAUAAAGUGCAAAGCACGACUGUUCCUGAACAUGUGCAGAACAUCAAUUAGUCACCCAAAAGUACAUAAAGGGAAUAUAAAGUGCAACUGCUCCUGAGCAUGUGCAGAGCAUCAAUUUGUCACCCUAAAGGAGACAUACUACCAUGCAGGGAAUAUAAAGAGCUGGAGAAAUGUUUGUUCUCUUGUGCAAGCGCUGGAAUUCCAUUUUUUCAUUUUGUCGCUCUAUCUUAUGGGAUCUUGGGAUCUGUAGUUGGUGGGGAACUAGAUCUCUCUGGCAGAGAAUCCUAAACUCCAAACACCAGGGUUCCAUAAGAGUUCAUAACGGAGUUUCUUUUCCCCCAGGACUAAACUCAUUCCACACCCCACAUCCCUGGGCAUUUCUGGACAGACUUCUGGCAGGCCAUGCGCGCCCAGUAACGGAUGGGGUUUCAUCCUCCUCCAUUGGUCCCAUUGCAACCGCCUGCCUUCGGGGCUGUGUCCCCCCCCCCCCUUUGUCCCCCCUUUUGUCCCCAAAUCGUCUUUCCGGUGGGUUUAUGUAGAAUCGAUGUGGACUGGAACUGAAAAAAAAAUGCAAACAAGACAGCACUGAAAAAAAAAAAGGAGGGACCGACUCUCCGUUUGGCAAUUCUGUGUAUAAGUUGUGUACAUAAAUAAAUGUCUAAUGAACCUGU